AUGAACUACAACAACUACCAGACUGCAGUUGUUGAAACAUGUGCUGUCCAGCUUGUAGGAUGGCCUGGAAGCAUCAAGUUCAUCAAUCCUUUGAAUAUUGGUACUGUUGGGGACAUUUGCAAGCUUUGUGAUGUGCUCAAGGAUAAAACUUGUUAUUGGACUGCGCUUAUGCCAACAGAAGUCAAAGCUCACACGGCAGAACUCGAUGUGCACCAUUCAGCAGGUGACAUUGUUUGCCAGCCAUGCAAGAGGUGUUCUGACGCUGGAGGCUCUCACAAGCGCAAG